CAGUAUCGAAACCAAAAGUAUCGAUACUACUCACGCAUCGAUACUUUCCGCGUAUCCCUAGUUAUGACUAUUAUCACGGACUUCACUUAGUCUCUUUUUGUCCCGCACCGCGCACGAAUACGUGCGAUUUGCGUUUUGUCUUGUCCUUAAAUUUUUCGAAGUCCCUACACACUACAAGAUGGGUAGGGAGGACAAGGCUACUUGGAAGACAAACUACUUUACCAAGAUCAUCACUCUGUUAGAUGAUUACCCAAAAUGCUUCAUCGUGGGUGCUGACAAUGUCGGCUCCCAGCAGAUGCAACAGAUCCGCAUUGCUCUCCGUGGCAGCAGCAUCAUAUUGAUGGGAAAGAACACCAUGAUGCGCAAAGCCAUCAAAGACCAUCUGGAGACCAACCCGGCACUUGAGAAGCUCCUGCCUCACAUCAAGGGAAAUGUUGGCUUUGUGUUCACCCGUGGAGAUCUGGUUGAGGUCCGUGACAAACUUCUGGAGAACAAGGUCCGUGCCCCUGCUAGACCUGGAGCUAUUGCUCCACUUGCUGUGGUCAUCCCAGCACACAACACUGGAUUGGGGCCAGAAAAGACUGCCUUCUUCCAGGCACUCUCCAUUCCCACCAAGAUUUCCAAGGGUACUAUUGAAAUCAUCAACGAUGUGCACAUCUUGAAGCCCGGAGACAAGGUCGGCGCUUCGGAAGCCACUCUUCUUAACAUGUUGAACAUCUCUCCCUUCUCAUACGGUCUCGUCGUUAAGCAGGUGUAUGACUCCGGCACCAUCUUCGCCCCUGCUAUUCUUGACAUCAAGCCCGAAGACCUACGCGCCAAGUUCCAGGAGGGAGUGGCCAAUGUGGCCGCCCUCUCGCUGGCUAUCGGCUACCCUACCGUGGCGUCCGCGCCGCAUUCCAUCGCCAACGGUUUCAAGAACCUGCUGGCUAUUGCCGCUGCUACCGACAUCGAGUUCAAGGAGGCUACCACCAUCAAGGAGUUCAUCAAGGACCCGAGCAAGUUCGCGGCCGCAACCGCCGCACCUGCCGCGGCCGCAGCAGCACCAGCCGCAGAAAAGAAAGAGGAAGAGAAGGCCGAGAAGGAAGAUUCCGAGAGCGACGACGACAUGGGCUUCGGACUAUUCGACUAAGCCGCCAGACGGAGUCUUCGCCUUGCCAUUCGAACUAUAUACCAUGUCUUAUACUAAUUUUCUUGACAACUUCAAAGCACGACUUUUACCCUAUUGGUUUUAAUCGAAAUAUUAAAUUAUUAAAAACAAUAGCAAUAAUAUAAAAGAUGGUGUAUAAGUAGAACGGCAGCCGAAGUUGUAUGUGGGAUGUUCGCAGACGCUUGUAAAGUAACACCGCCGGGUUUGGACAACCCAUUUGGCGGUAACCUAUAUUGGUGUAUGUGAAUAAAUCUACUUUUAAAUGUA